UCCCACUCUGAAGCUGCAGCCGUUACUCUGGGUCUGGAGGAGUUAGCUGAGAAAUCCAAGAUGAAGCUCCUGUUCGUGGCUGCCUUUGCACUCUUUGUGCUGUCGACGUUGGACCGGGCUGACUCCUCAGCUUAUGACAAAAUAGUCGCCCACAGUCGCAUCAGGGCAAGAAAAGAAGGACCCAAUGUCUGCGCUCUCCAGCAGGUCAUGGGGACCAAGAAGAAGUACUUCAGCACUUGUCGUAAUUGGUACCAAGGGGCCAUCUGUGGAAAGAAAGCGACUGUGCUUUAUGAGUGUUGUCCUGGGUACAUGAAGAUGGAAGGCAUGCUUGGUUGCCCUGCAGUGGCUCCUAUUGACCAUGUGUAUGGCACCUUGGGCCUGGUGAAAGCCAGCUCAACCCAGAAUUACGCUGAUAUUUCAAAGUUGAGGCCUGAGAUCGAGGGAUCUGGAUCUUUUACCAUAUUUGCCCCAAGCAACGAGGCCUGGGAGAAAUUGGAUGAGUCAGUGAGGAGUGCACUGGUCAGCAAUGUCAACAUUGAGCUGUACAACGCGCUGCAUUACCACAUGGUCAACAAACGCCUCUUUACCAAAGAUUUAAGGAAUGGAAUGACAGUCAACUCCAUGUACAAUGAUCUUGGUCUCUUUAUUAACCAUUACUCCAAUGGGGUGGUGACAGUGAACUGCGCCAGGCUUAUCCAAGCCAACCAGGUUGCCACCAACGGAGUUGUGCACGUCGUCGACCGCGUGAUCAGCGCUGUUGGAAGCACCAUUCAGGACGUCAUUGAGGUUGAUGAGGACCUGGCAACACUGAGCGAUGUGGCUCACAGCGCUGGGAUGCUGGAGAAGCUGGGCCAGCCAGGACAUUACACUCUCUUUGCCCCCACCAACGAUGCCUUUGAGAGCCUCGGCACCGAUGUGUUGGAGAGACUUCAGAGCGACAAGCAGGCCAUCCAAGCUCUUCUGAAAUUCCACAUGCUGGACUCCGUGCAGUGCUCUGAGGCUAUCAUGGCCGGCAGCUCCUAUGAGACUCUGGAGGGCAACAACAUUGAGAUUGGCUGUGACGGUGAAAGUCUGACUAUCAACGGUGUCAAGUUGGUGCGCAAGAAGGACAUCGUCACCACCAAUGGUGUCAUCCACCUCAUCGACAAAGUGCUCAUGCCAGACUCAGCUAAGCAGGUGAUGGACUUGGUGGGAAGUACCCAGUCGACCUUCUUGGAUAUGAUGUCGGAGCUGGGCCUUUCAGCCGCGAUGAGACCUGAGGCUGAGUACACGCUGCUGGCUCCUCUCAACGCUGCCUUCACUGAUGAAGUAAUGUUCAUGGACCAGAGGUUGCUCAAGAUUAUUCUGGAGAGUCACAUCCUGAAGAAGAAGAUUGUUCUGGGAGAGCUGUACAAUGGCCAGCGGCUGGAGACCAUCGGCGGAAAACUCCUGCGAGUCUUCAUCUAUCGCACGGCUGUGUGCAUUGAGAAUUCCUGUCUGAUCAGGGGAAGUAAAGAAGGAAGCAACGGGGCCCUUCAUCUCAUGAGGACUCUGUUGAAACCGGCAGAAAAAACCAUGUUUGAGAUUCUGACAGAAAAAGGAGGGUUCAAGAUCUUUUUGUCUCUCAUGGAAACUGCCGGCUUGACUGACCUGCUGAAACAGGAGGGAGACUUCACUCUGUUUGCCCCGAGCGAUGCAGCCUUCGCUAGUCUGAGCGAGAGGGAUUUGGCCUUGUUGAAGGGCGACAUGAAUGCUCUCAGAACUAUCCUUCUGUACCACAUCAAUAACGGUGUCUUCAUCGGCGGGGGUUUGGAGACGGGGGUGACGAACCUCCUUAAGUCUCUUCAGGGCAGUAACCUCAGAUUGAUGUUUGCAAACAACAGCAUGCUUGUGAAUUCUGUCCAAGUCCCCGAAUCUGAUAUCAUGGCCACAAACGGAGUCGUUCACUUCGUCAACCAAGUUUUGUAUCCCGGAGAUAUCCCAGUUGGAAGCCAGGAUUUGCUCAUGAUGUUGAAGAGGCUCAUCACGUACAUGCAAAUCAAGUACAUUUCCGGAUACAGAUAUCAGGAGAUUCCUCUCACAUUUAUGAAGAGGAUCGUCACUCGCGUCAUCCAGGAAGCUCCUGAGCUGACCAAAGUGACGCGGGUCAUUGAAAGUAAGCCCUCCGUCACCAAAGUCACCAGGGUCAUCGAAGCCAAGCCCUCCAUCACCAAGGUCACCAGGGUUAUCGAAGGCGCGCCCUCAGUCACCAAGGUGACACGGGUAAUCGAGAGUAACCCGACCAUCACCAAAGUCACCAGGGUUGUCCCAGGCUCUGAGUUCUCAGUCAGCAGUGGAACCACCAAAAUCAGUCUAGAAGGCGGUGACUUUUCAGAAUUCGACCCUGAAACGCUUUCCAAAGUCAUCCAAGAAAGUGGUUCGAGAAGAACCAGCACCAGGAGAGUUAUACCUGGCAACAGGAGGAGAGGAAGGGACUGAGCGUGGAUGGAUGAAAAUGUCGAUCUCGUAAAGGCAGAGUGAGACUCCAAACCCAGGAGGUUGAGAUGCUGCGUUUCAGUGCAGGGGAUACACUUAAAAUGUCAAUAAUUUCAAAUAUACUGUAAAAGGUGUAUAGGCCUAACUGACCAAAAUAAAAACUAUUCUCAUAAACAA